UGCGAUUGGUCAAUGAGAGGCGAGGUGAUGAUGUCACCCCGGAGGUUGUUGGCUAAAAAUGAAGGCAAGCGAAGUAACAAGCUAGCUCACUUGAAAUUAAAAAUGAAAUUCACCCUAGGAGGACUCGUUGAUGAGGUUAAGGGCAGCUUCGUGUGUUGAUGAGCGCCGUGCCAUGCAGAGGAGACACAGCAGCAACACGGAUGGCAUGUCCUCUGAAAGGAACCGUAGCCAAACCCAGGGAUCCGAGAGCAGUCUGGAUGAAGGCGGCACGUUCGACUGUCUGAAACCCGAUACGCCCGCGUUGCCCCAGCAGAUGUUUUCGGGCCUGGCAGGCAUCCCGUCGGCCGCAGUCUCCACUGCCCAGUUCCAGGCGGCCGGUUUAGUGCUGGGCUCGCCCCCGGACGUCUUUGUGCAGAUGACAGCGUCGUCCCGGGAAGCAGGCGGCCCUCAUCGCCCCGAGGGCCGAGCCUUCCUGCCUCACCCUCCUCACCACCAUUUUCACCAGCCACCGCCGCUGCAGCACGGGACCCCCUCACUCCUGCAACAGGCCACGGCGGUGGCGGCAGCGGCGGCAGGCUCAGAGAGGCACCACCGUGGCCCCCGAGAAGAGGCGGGCCCGGAGGACCCGGCCGCGCCGGCUCCAGCCUUCUCUGAGCUGAAGGCGAUGGUGACAUGGCUGCAGAGGGGCUUCCCGUUCAUCCUCAUCCUGCUGGCCAAAGUCUGCUUUCAGCAUAAGCUUGGUAUUGCCGUCUGCGUGGGGAUGGCCAGCACCUUUGCUUACGCCAACGCCACCUUCAAGCGUCAGGUGUCGCUGCGGGUGAGACAACGUGUCCUGACGCUUCGUCAUGAUCCCAAAGUGAGGAGCGCUCGGUGCUGGUGGCCCUGUGGAUGGCGCUGUUUCUCUCCGGCAACGUGGCGUACGUGUACUACACCUUCAGCCAAGAAGAGCUCUACAACAGCCAUCUUAUGUGUCGUUUCUUUUAGCAGAGCUCCCGUCUGGUUUUUGUCCUGUGAGUAUUUUAUGUUGAGCUCACAAUAUUGUUUGUCGCAGGUGCUGCGCGUGUCACCUUCUCACAUGCGAGCGCAGUGUAAAAGGGGGAAAAAAUAUGGUGUGUGUGUGUGUGCGUCCUGUCCCAGCCUCCUGUUUUCCAAGCCCAAUCUGGACACUUUUGACUUCUUUGACCUCAUGUGGGCGGUGGGCAUCACCGACUUUGUCCUCAAGUUUGUCACCGUUGGACUGAAAUGCUUCGUCCUUGUUCUACCUGGCAUCUUCUUGGCGUUCAAGUCCAGGGGAAAGUUCUACCUGCUGAUCGAGGAGCUGAGUCAGCUGUUUCGCGCCCUGGUUCCCAUCCAGCUGUGGUACAAGUACAUCGUGGGAGAAGAGCCCUCGGCCAGCUACUUCUUAGGAGCCGCGCUCAUGAUCGUCUACGGCAUCUGCAAGUCCCUUGACAUCUGCGGCCGAGCGUCGACCCUCCGCAAGGCCGCCGUCCUGCUCUGCCGCCCUCAGAGUUGCGGCGUGCGCGCCGGCAGCCAGCGAUGCAGCGAGGCCGGCGAUGUGUGCGCUCUUUGCCAGACGCGUUUCCGCGAGCCCGUCGCCCUCCUGUGCCAGCAUAUUUUCUGCGAGGAGUGUCUGAGUUCCUGGUUGGACCGGGAGAGGGCGUGCCCCCUGUGUCGCACCACCGUCGUGGAGACCCUCCGAUGCUGGAAGGACGGGACCACCUCCGCUCACUUCCAAGUCUACUAAAGCUGCAUGGUGAUGAUGCACUCACAGACGAAAAAUGAAAUAUAAAAUAAAUAAUGUGAUCAUCUCUGGGCUCAAGAUCUACCCUAGCUAUCAAAAUGGGACCGAUGGUGGAAAAUGGAUUGGUGAAACAGCAAGUGGUGGAUGUCCUUAUAACAAAAAAAACAAUUUAACAGGAGUUAAAUGUCAACUUUGACUAAUGUCAACUUCGACACCUGAGAGCAGAGAGGGCACAUGAUAGCAGCACUUCGUCUUGAAAUGUCUCAACGCAAUAAGAAAAUGGUCAAAUUAGAGAAGGCCAGCAUGGGAUACAAUUAGCUGCGUGAUCGGUUGGUGCAACUGCCGCCCAUCGGUAGGGACGAUGCCGUUUUAUUCAUUGGCAGGGACAUUUUAUUCAAACUUCCUAUUUAUUUGUUAUUGCUGUAUUCAAAUCGUGUUACACUGGUCAAAUAUAUGUUUUUCUUUUGUUUCUCACUUUUCUCUUCAUGCUAUGCUGUGGUAUAUAGGUCGCAAUGUAGUAAUUUAGACUGUGUGUCUGGAAGUGAAAACUUGGUUGUAAUCGGGACGGGACUUGAUAAGCAGAAUUGCUUCGACCCGCCUCCCUCUUUGACAAGUCAUAAUGUAAAAUUAAAUUGUAAUGAAAGUUGAUUAUGUACAUGCCGAAAUAAAUAAAUCAUUACCUUAUGCCCAAAAAA